AUGGCGACACCAACUCAUGCUCAGUCCUCCCUUCCCGCCCUGCCGGCACAUCUUCAGAACGACACACACCUUGCUGCCCAUCUUGCUAGCAGGUUCCAUGUAUCCCUGCCGACUGCACGUCUCUCCUCCCAGGCAUUGAUAUGUCUCAACACAUACACCUCGUCCACCAAGGGACCAGAUGGCGGAAAGGAAGGCAGUGCGAUGGGAGAGGCCGAGGACCUCGCAAGACGAGCCUGGACCAGACUGGGCUCCCGAGGUGAAAACCAAGCCAUCGUUUUCUUGGGUGAAUCUGGAUCUGGUAAAACCACAAUCCGUUCACAUCUCCUCUCUUCCAUCCUUUCCUUUUCGUCGACUCCUCUGUCGACUAAACUCUCUCUUGCCGCAUUUGUCUUUGACACCCUAACUACCACCAAAUCGGUCACCACGCCCACUGCCUCCAAGGCCGGUCUCUAUUUCGAAUUACAGUACGAUGGAUCGUCUACCAUCAACCCCACCCUUAUCGGUGGAAAGGUGCUCGACCAUCGUUUGGAGAGGAGCCGUAUUGCAUCCGUUCCAACGGGAGAACGUUCGUUCCAUGUUUUGUACUACCUUUUGGCUGGUACCAGUGCUGCCGAACGAUCGCAUCUGGGACUGGACAGCCCUACAGCCACAAGAGGUGGUGCCGGCAAUCGCGCUUCUAUCGGUGAAAUGCACAAGAGAUGGCGUUAUCUAGGCCACCCAACCCAGAUGAAGGUCGGAAUUAAUGACUCGGAAGGCUUCCAGCAUUUCAAGACUGCCCUCCGCAAACUGGAGUUCCCUCGUAGCGAUAUUGCAGAAAUCUGUCAGAUCCUGGCCUGUAUCCUCCACCUCGGACAGCUAGAAUUCGCGACUGGCCAGUCCACCAGAACCGCACCCGAGGAGAGUGGUGGAUAUUCUCAUGAAGGUGGUGAGACCGUCACUAUUGUCAAGAAUAAGGAUACCCUUGCCAUUGUAGCUGCCUUCCUUGGACUAAGCAUCGGUGACCUGGAAGUGAGUCUUGGAAACAAAACCAAGACUAUCCAUCGCGAGCGUGUGACCGUCAUGCUUGACCCUGCCGGAGCUCGAGCAAAUGCUGAUGAAUUUGCGCGUACCCUCUAUGCCCUCCUGGUUGCCUACGUAAUUGAAAACAUCAACCAGAGGGUCUGUGCUGCAGAAUCUGCUGUUGCCAACACCGUUUCAAUUGUUGACUUCCCAGGUUUUGCCCAGUCCUCUUCUACUGGUUCGACCCUUGAUCAGCUGUUGAACAAUGCAGCGACCGAAUCUUUGUAUCAUUACUGCCUGCAGAACUUCUUCGAACGCCAGGCAAACAUGCUAGAGACUGAGGAAGUUAGUGUCCCAGCCACCAGCUACUUUGAUAACUCUGAUGCGGUCAGAGGUCUCCUUAAACAUGGAAAUGGCCUUUUGUCCAUCCUCGACGACCAGACCAAGAGAGGAAGAACGGACAUGCAAAUGUUGGAAAGCAUGAGAAAGAGGUUCGACAAUAAGAAUCCUGCAAUCGUUGUGAGCAGCUCUACUGCUAUCUUGCCAGGAAGCAACUUCCCGACUCAGAACACUGCUGCAUCUUUCACCGUCAAGCACUUCGCCGGAGAGGUUGAAUAUCCCGUCAAGGGUCUCAUCGAAGAAAAUGGAGAUCUAGUUUCUGGAGACCUGCUCAACCUUAUCAAUAACACCAGAAGUGGAUUUGUGCGUGACCUCUUUGGACAAGAGGCCCUCCAGACCAUCCAUCAUCCAAAGGAAAAAUCAGCCAUCAUGCAAGCCCAAGUCAGCUCUAAGCCUCUACGAAUGCCCAGUAUGGCUCGCCGUAAGAUGAGCAGAGUGUCCAGAUUUGCACCAAACGCUCCAACUUCGGAGAAUGACGAUACGGACGAUACCAGCAGUGGCAGGAGGGGUGUACACAGUAACAAGAAGGGAGAUAUCGGUGGCCUGAAACAGGGAGCUGCAGCUCAGUUCCUUGCUUCCCUUGAUAAUAUCACGAAGUCCCUCUCUGCUACAAAUGUCAACCCAUACAUAGUCUUCUGUCUCAAGCCAAAUGAUCGCCGAAUUGCCAACCAAUUCGAUAGCAAGUGUGUUCGCACGCAAGUGCAGAUGUUUGGCAUUGCAGAGAUCAGUCAACGCCUGCGAAAUGCUGACUUCUCUGUAUUUUUACCCUUUGCCGAAUUUUUGGGCCUGGCUGAAGAGGAGUCUGUUAUUGUUGGAAGUGACAAGGAGAAAUCCCAACUGGUCAUUGAUGAGAAGCGCUGGCCUAAUAAUGAAGCCCGCGUCGGCAGUACCGGUGUGUUCUUAAGUGAGAGAUGCUGGGCAGAUGUUGCUAAGGUCGGAGAGAGAGUGCUCCCCGCGUUCAACGGAAACGGCACAGACGAUGGCAGUGGUCUAGGGAAUAAUGGAUAUAGUGAUUCCAAGGUCCGACUGCUCACUCCAGCAGACAGUACCCCUGGCGCCUAUAUAUAUGGCGAUGAGACGAAGGGAGGAUAUUUCACUAGCCGAGAUGUUGAUGCCCGUUCUGAAGCCGGUGCCUCCGCAUUCCAUUCAGGGGACAUGUUUAAGAACUUGGAAACCCGUGAGCAGAUGGCCGAAAAAGGAAACGAGAAAGAGAUGGUUGAGGUAGAAGAUGUCAUAGUUUCGGGUAGCCGUAAACGGUGGUUGUUCCUCGUCUACCUUCUCACUUGGUUUAUACCUGAUAUCCUCAUCAGGUUCGUCGGCCGGAUGAAACGAAAAGAUAUACGGGUUGCUUGGCGAGAAAAGGUUGCAAUCAAUAUGCUCAUCUGGUUCACCUGUGGCUUUGCUAUCUUCUUCGUCAUUUUCUUCCCUGGCCUCAUCUGCCCACCACAACACGUAUUUUCUGCCGCGGAGCUAACCACUCACAAUGGCGAUCCUGGCAAAGAUGCAUUCAUUGCCAUCCGCGGUGAAGUGUUUGACCUUGGAGAAUAUGCAAAAUCUCAUUAUCCCAGCAUCGUUCCCCGAAAGGAUCUGCUGAAAUAUGCCGGUACUGAUGCUAGUGAUCUGUUCCCGGUCCAAGUUUCCGCUCUUUGUGAUGGUGUGGAUGGAAAGAUCGACGAUGCUGUUCAACUUGAUUAUACUCCAACAAACCGUACCGGCUCAGCCUCUGUUAUCAGCAAGACGGACACUAAUGCACAAUAUCAUGACUUCCGAGCUUUCCUUAAAGACUCAAGGCCGUGGUGGUAUUUCAAGCAGAUGAAGAUGCUGCGCCAGAACUAUGCAAAGGGCCGUAUUGGCUUUACGCCGAAACAGUUGGCAGAUAUGGCUAAUAAAUCGCAGUACGUUGCGUUUAUUCAUAACAGAGUAUACGAUGUGACUACCUACAUCACUGGUGGUCGGGUAGUCAAAGCCAAAGAUGGACAGCCUCUUCCAACGAACGUCAAUGUUGACUUUAUGCACCCAGAUGUCAUUAGCCUCUUCCAACGGUAUUCUGGACAAGAUAUUACGAAACGCUUCGAAGAGCUGAAUAUUGGCAAUCCCAUGCGUAAGAGCAUGCAAAUCUGUCUUGAUAACUUGUAUCUUGCUGGUGAACUCGAUAUCCGAACUUCGCCUCGAUGCUUGUUUUCCCAGUAUUUCAUUCUCGCUAUUUCAGUUCUGCUAGCCACUAUCAUUGGAUUCAAGUUCUUGGCUGCUCUGCAAUUCGGAAAGAAGAAUAUCCCGGAGAAUAUCGACAAAUUCAUCAUCUGUCAAGUUCCCGCAUAUACUGAAGAUGAAGAGUCUUUACGCCGUGCCAUCGAUUCCAUGGCUCGCAUGAAGUAUGACGACAAACGCAAGCUUCUCCUUGUCGUUUGUGACGGUAUGAUUAUUGGACAAGGAAAUGACCGCCCAACUCCCCGAAUUGUUCUCGAUAUCUUCGGCGUUCCAGAAAACGUCGAUCCAGAACCAUUGAGCUUUGAGAGUUUGGGAGAGGGAAUGCGUCAGCACAAUAUGGGCAAGGUUUACUCUGGUUUAUACGAAGUGCAAGGCCACAUUGUUCCAUUCUUGGUUGUUGUCAAGGUUGGCAAGCCAUCUGAGGUAUCGAAGCCUGGUAACCGUGGUAAGCGAGAUUCACAGAUGGUUGUUAUGCGUUUCUUGAACCGUGUUCAUUACAAUGCGCCAUUGAGUCCCCUUGAGCUCGAGAUGCAUCAUCAAAUCCGAAACAUCAUUGGAGUCAACCCAACGUUCUACGAGUUUAUCCUACAGGUCGAUGCCGAUACAACAGUGGCUCCAGACUCAGCCACUCGAAUGGUAGCAGCGUUCCUUCAUGAUACACGUGUCAUUGCUCUCUGCGGAGAGACUGGUCUAAACAACGCCAAAGCCUCGAUGAUUACCAUGAUUCAGGUUUAUGAAUACUAUAUCUCUCACAAUCUCACAAAAGCCUUCGAGAGUUUGUUCGGUUCCGUUACUUGUUUACCCGGUUGUUUCACCAUGUACCGAAUCAGAGCUGCUGAUACUGGCAAGCCUCUCUUCGUUAGCAAGGAAGUGGUUGAUGCCUACGGUGAAAUUCGUGUUGACACUCUCCAUAUGAAGAACUUGCUUCAUCUCGGUGAGGAUCGUUACUUGACAACAUUGCUCCUUAAACAUCACUCGAAGUAUAAGACCAAGUUCACAUUCAAUGCCCACGCCUGGACCAUCGCACCCGAUACCUGGGCUGUCUUCAUGUCUCAACGUCGUCGAUGGAUUAACUCCACUGUGCACAACCUGAUCGAACUGAUUCCUCUUCAACAGCUCUGUGGUUUCUGCUGCUUCAGUAUGCGAUUCAUCGUCUUUAUUGAUCUUCUCAGUACUAUCAUCCAGCCGGUUGCCGUUGCAUAUAUCGUGUAUCUUAUUGUUCUCGUUGCGUUGGGCAGUGGAACUGUUCCCUGGACUGCCCUUGUGCUCCUUGCAGCUAUCUACGGUCUUCAGGCUAUCAUUUUCAUUGCCCGAAGGAAAUGGGAGAUGGUUGGAUGGAUGAUCAUUUAUGUUCUUGCCAUGCCAGUAUUCUCCAUGGGUCUCCCCCUCUACGCCUUCUGGCAUAUGGACGACUUCAGUUGGGGUAACACCCGUAUCGUCACUGGUGAGAAGGGUCGCAAGGUCGUUAUCUCUGACGAGGGCAAAUUUGACCCAGCAUCUAUUCCCAAGAAGAAAUGGGAAGAGUACCAAUCCGAGCUAUGGGAAGCCCAGACCCAUGGAGGCGGUGAUGACCGAUCUGAAGUUUCCGGCUAUACAUAUGCCACCAAGACUCAUUACGCACCUCCUACUGAGUAUGGAUACUCUGCCUCACGGCCAGUGUCUCAGAUCGAUCUCAACAAUCGUUACAGUUCUCGACUCUCCAUGUCUGCCACAGAGCUACUUGGCCGGGGCUCAGACGUCGAGAUGGCGGAUCUCUCUGCCUUACCAAAUGAUGACUCCCUCCUUGCUGAGAUCAGAGAUAUCCUCCGUACCGCAGAUUUAAUGACCGUGACGAAAAAGAGUGUGAAACUUGAGUUAGAGCGUAGGUUCAACGUCAACCUAGAUGCAAAACGAGCGUACAUUAAUUCUGCUACCGAAGCAGUUCUCUCAGGCCAACUCUAA